AUGGGUGGCUAUUGCCCGCAUCCAUCGAGCGAGAACGAGCUCGACCAUGACGUUGGCGACUGGUGGACGCUGCUCACCGACAGCUUCCAGCUCUUGCUGUCCCACCCAAAGGCUGUGCUGCAAGGCUUUGGGCUUGCAGUGGCGGCCUCCGUCCUGAUGUGGGCUGGUAUUCGCUACAUGCAGCGCCUCGCCUACCGCAAGCAGGCCAGAAAGCGCAGCCUCGAGGCCGCCGAGCGCCGCAUCGAAUUUCUGAAGCUGGCGCGCGCCGGCACGUCCCCGGCCGCCAUCAAGGCCAUUCAGGGCAGCCCGGAGGAGCUGCGCAAGGGGCUGCGCGAUGGAGUGUGGUCCGUGUCCCAGGUUGUCUGCGCCGCGCUCACGCUCUCUCUACAGUCUUCGGAGGACGGUGACAACAGCGUGUGCGAUGUGUUCCCGGACUGCCUUGAGCGUGCAGAGGCGCUGGACAAGAAGCGCAAAGCCGGCGAGCCGCUCGGCCCUCUCUUUGGCAUCCCUUUCAGCGUCAAGGAAAACUACCACUACGCUGGCCUCGACGCAACUGCAGGCAUUCAGAAGCGUGCUGGCAUCCCCGUCUCAACAACAAGCCCGAUCCUCCAGGCGCUGAUUGACCAGGACGGCGUCCCCAUCGUCCGCACCAACCUGCCCCAAACCAUGCUCACCUUUGAGUGCUCAAACCCAAUCUACGGCGAGACAAACAACCCGCACCGCAAGGGCCGCUGCUGUGGUGGAUCGAGUGGCGGCGAGGCCGUCCUGCACGCGCGCUGCGCCGUUCCCUUUGGUCUUGGAGGCGACAUUGGAGGUUCCAUCCGCAUCCCCGCCCACUACUGCGGCACGUGCGGUUUCAAGCCAACGAGUGGCCGUGUCAGCCGCCGCUAUGCAAUGAACACCUGCCCCGGACAGACACAGAUCAUCCCAACUGGCGGUCCGAUGGCGCCGACAGUUGACGGGCUCGUGAUGGCCAUGCGCCACAUCUGCUCAGACUUCAUGUUCAACCUCGACAGCUCCGUGCCCCGCAUGCCCUUCAACGAGGAAAUGUUUGGCGGCAAGAACCGCAUGCGCAUCGGGUACUUCAAGUACCCUGAAGGUGAGACGACGGCGACUGGUACUAGUACUGGCCAGCCGUUGUGUUUGGCAAUUGGACAAGGGCGUGCACGCUCCUUGUUUCCCUGA